AUGGCUUCCGCCCCUCCAACCGAAAUACUUUGCCAGAUAUUCCACCUCGUCCGUCGGGACGCGUUGGACCACGACGAGGCGGAUAUGUCGUGGGCGAGCUUAGCGUGCGUCAGCAAGCAUUGGCGUAAUGCCUUGUAUGGCGACCCCUCCAUGUGGACGAACCUCUUCUUUCGGCCACACACCCCUCUACUCACCAUUGCCGUGGUUCUGAGGCGUUCAGGGCUCCUGCAGGGGUUGCAAGUCACAGUCGAUGCAGGUCACGGGGUUCGCCAAGACGGCUGGUUCCGAACACUAUUUCGAAACCUCCACUACGCGCAAUUGCCGAUCUCGGAGAGUGUUACCUCUCUACGGAUUCGGUGGCACGUCACCGUGCGUGCGGAGGCGUUCGAUGUCGUGGAGGCGCUGCGCGCGGACCACGUCCAGGCGCUGCAGCUGGAAGAGUAUGCCGAGCCAUUGUCUGAAGCGCGAUCGCUGAGCUGGAGCGAAGACGUCUGGGGCUCCGAUACCGAUGUAGACGAGGAGGAUGAGGAGGACGAGGAUGAGGAGGAUGAGGAUGAAAAACGAACAGAGGCUAACGGCUGGGAUUGUGGUGAGUCGGAUAGUCCGCCUGACAGCGCGUCCGAGACUUCGGACGAGUCCGAGGUCGACAGCGAGGAUUCUGUUUCGCAGUUCGCGGAAGACUACGCGGACGCUACACAGCCUGGUGACACGUUUGUUGUCGACGAGGACCCGGAAAGCCCGAGGAUCUUGAAGCUGCCUCGUCUCCCUAGCCUGGAGGCCCUGGACACAUCGGGCAUCUUGGUGGAUAUACCGCAGCAGGUCAAGGAGAAGCUGGUCCUCUUGAAUCUCUCCUCCACCGUGUCUUACUAUGAAGACUUCGUAUUGGCAGGGCAUCCUCAAUCUUGGCUGCUCGAUACGCUGGAGGGAUGUACACACCUUCAGCGCUUAUCGUUGGACUACACGCUCCCGAUCGAAGAUGACCACCCGGCGUUUCGCCCAAUCGUGCUACCGAGGCUCGAGUACCUCUUCAUCGAAGAUCGCCUAGAGUAUAUGGAGGAGCUCGUUCCUUUCUUCCUGCAUCCCUUCCCCACUGUCGAGUUUCGGGCCGUUCUGGGACCGGGUCAAGUUUUGUACCAAGCGCAAAGCGGAAUAUUCAGCAGCAACUUCCCCUCAGGCAUGGGCGAACCCAUCACGGCCCUCGACUUACGCGUCGACGGCCAGUUCACCGUCAAGGGCUGGCCAGGCGAAGAUGCUGAUCACCUCGAGGCCCGCCAGAGCUCAACGGGUACCUUUGACACCACCGGGUGGACGGCCAUCGAUCGCGCCGCGCUGCUUCCCAGCGCCGUAGAGAAGCUCUCCCGCAUCGUUGACUCGGCGCGGAUAGUUCAUCUCUCGAUUCACAUUUCGCCUGUCCGCCAGUAUCAGGACUCCUGCGUGUAUUGGCAGCCCCACGUCAUUCAGGCCUUCCCCAGUAUACGCCGGUUCGCGUUGGGCAGCCGUUGGGCUGUGAAGGCGUUCAUUCGGGACGCGUGCAAGGAAGCAGAGCCCCUGGCACGUUGGACCGACCUGAACGAACUCAACUUCUGUCUGGGGGAGGUCAGCGAGUCUGUUGUGCAGUUCAUCGAGCCGUUCUGGGAGAGGGUCCGCUUGUCGAAACCUGACUCAAGGCUCGUCUUGCGACUGCAUCCUGAUGCUGAGCGGAUGGCGUGCCCCGACCGGCUGCAAUCGCUGAAGCUCCUUGCUCAGAGCCCGGACUCGAGGAAGCGGCUCGAGCUCGUGACCGAUUGCUGCGAAACAUGUGGCACGUCCGAGCCAUUCGACGAUGCUGUGUUCUGCAUCGAUCCGCGCAAACUUACUCUAGCACCAUCCUACUAGGUAACUACAACGGCACGA